AGUUCGAAAUACGUCACGAAGAAAUUCUCUCGAAGUCUUCGCCAUCAGACACGUUUUGACCUUCGUAUAGAAACAUUCAUACGUUCGUGGUUGAUCGACGAGCGUAUCUCGUAUCCAUUAAUUCCGGUGUAUAGAUCAGUUUCUUUGUUUAAUACCUUGCUUUUUUAUUCUUUCGUUAACUUUUUUUCUUUUUUUUUCUUUUUUAUUUUGCUGUGUGUGCGUGCGUGUGCGUGCGUGUGUAUAUGUGCGAAGGUGCACGCGCGUUUCUCUUUGUCCUAUCAUUAGAAACGUUUUUUAUUUUUAACGCAAUUGAUAAAUCUCAGUAACAUGCUGCCUUAUCAUCAUUCUCAUCAUUACUAUUAUCAUCCUCAUCUUCAAACUCUUCCUCAUUCUCAUUCUCAUUUCUAUCAUCCUCGUCGUCAUCAUCAACAACAUCAUCGUUGUAUGAAUAAUAAAAAUAAUAAUAGUAAGAAUAAUAAUAAUACUAAAAAUAAUAAUAAUAACAAAGUCAAUAACGAUCAUCACAUUCAAUCGAAUUAUCAAAGUCAACCAUCAAACUGUAUGCUAUACGAAAAUCCAAAUGAAGUAUUUUCAGCAACAAAUCAAAUCAAUUCUUCAAUUUGGAGAACCGAUCAACAUCAAUUACCUGGAUCUUAUAGGUUCGUAGAUGUAAUUAAUUAUAAGUCCGAUUGUCUACACGAAUAUAAAAUGGAAAAUGUUAAUCAGCAAAAACAACAACAACAACAACAACAACAACAAGAGCAACAGCAGCAACAAGAAAAACAAUAUAAUUAUAAAGAGAUUAAUCAUGAUCUAGCAUCGAUGAAAGAUUUUGUUGGCGAAAAUGUAAAAAAAAAAAACGAAAAGACAAUUAAUAUCGAGAAUUCGACGAAUGUCAAUACUUCCUCGACGAAGAAAGUUCGUAAAAUGAAUAUCUACGAAAAAAUGCAAAAUCAAAGAAUAAUAGCGAAUGUUAGAGAACGAAAAAGAACUCAAACUAUGAACAAAGGAUUUGCCGCUCUUAGAAAGGUCAUUCCUACAUUACCAAGCGACAAGCUAACCAGAAUUCAAAUCAUAAAACUUGCUACGCGAUAUAUAGAUUUUUUGUAUCAAGUUCUGCAUCGUAAUAUGAGAUAUAACGAGGAGGAAGAUGAAGAGAAUAAUCCAAAAAACGCAAUAAUAACAGCAAGAGAUAGAACAUCGUCCUCGUAUAGUCACACGACAUAUGAAAAAUUGGCUUACGAGUUUAGCGUUUGGCGUAUGGAAAAUGAUUUAAACAUAAAUACAUGAAUAAAAGUUUAAUGCAGAAGAACGUACGAAAAUAAUAAUGAAUUUGUUACUAUGGUCAGUGUUUAUAUAUUAUAUAAAUAUUGUAUAAAUAGGAUGAUUCAAACAUUGAAACUGACCACAAGAUAUAUCGAUUUAUUAUUUCAAGCUUUGCAUUGUAAUAUAGAAAGCACCUAGGAGAAAAAUAAUUUAAAAACAUUUGUCCAUGCGUAAAUGAUACGUGAAAUUAAAUUAACUUCGAUACUGGAUUCGAAAAAAUAAAGGAUCGAGGAGAGAAUAAUAAUAAGAAUCGAAAAUGGAUAAUACAAAAUCAAAAUGCUGGAUCUUACUUACCGAUCGAUGGAUAUAAUUGAAUAUAAUAUAUAAUAAAUAAUCGAUAAGCUGCAGAAAUACAAAAUGGAGAGUAUUAAUCAGCGUAACAAUAGUAAGAGCAACAGCAACAAAAACGACAACAACAAUUGCAUAAUUGUAAACAGACUGAUCAAAAUCCAGUAUCGUCGAUCAAAAAUUCUACUAGUCUAUAUCUACUAGUCUAUAUCAGAGAGUUCUAUAUUGGCAACUGUAAUGCAGAUAAUUGCAUAUCUGCAACUUGCAGAAAAAGUUUUUCGAGAGAUGAAUAUUA